AUGGCUGGAAGUUCUCACCAAAGGGUCAACAUCUGUUUUUUCUUAUGUCUUGUUGGGAUAGUUUCAGCUUCAGAAUAUUCAACUUCUUCAUCAUCAACAACUAGUUCUGGCACUUCCUCCAAUUAUCUGUUAAACCCCUUCUUCUAUGCUUUCAAGUGCCCCCAAGCCCUUGAUACCAUUAAGAAACAAGUAACCAAUGCUGUGUCGAUAGAGCCUCGCAUGGGUGCAUCCUUGCUUCGUCUUCAUUUCCAUGAUUGCUUUGUCCAAGUUUCACGGUUGCUUGUAAACGGAUGUGAUGCAUCGGUUUUAUUAGUGGACACAGCAAGUUUCAAGGGCGAACAAGGUGCCUUACCAAACGUGAAUUCUCUAAGGGGUUUUGGAGUCAUAGAGAACAUAAAAGCUGAACUAGAGCGUGAGUGCCCCGGCGUUGUCUCUUGUGCUGACAUCUUAGCCGUUGCUGCAAGGGAUUCUGUUGUUGCUCUUGGUGGACUUGGAUGGCCUGUUAGCUUGGGCAGAAGGGACUCAACCACUGCAAGUUUAAGUGGAGCUAACUCUGAUUUACCAGCUCCCUUUCUGGAUCUUAAUGGCCUUAUCACUGCUUUCCAAAAGAAGGGUUUCACAGUAAAUGAAAUGGUGGCUUUAUCAGGUGCUCACACAAUAGGCAGUGGGAGGUGUGUACUCUUCCGAUCAAGGAUUUAUAACGAGAGCAACAUAGAUCCCACGUAUGCAAACCUAAUGAGGGCCAAUUGCCCCGAGAUUGGUGGUGAUAGCAACUUGUCUCCCAUAGACAUUACCACUAAAGACGUGUUCGAUAGUGCUUACUACACAAAUUUAAUUAACAAAAAGGGUCUUUUCCACUCUGAUCAACAACUCUUUAGUGGCGGUUUAACGGCCUCUCAGGUCAAUGUUUAUUCCACGUUCCCGUUAAUCUUCAAAUUCGAUUUUUCUAACGCCAUGCUCAAGAUGAGCAACCUUAGCCCACUCACCGGCGUGCAGGGUCAGAUCAGAAAAGUGUGCAGCAGCGUGAAUUGA